AACAGCUGAGAGGGAGUGAUCAGUCUCACCCAGUCUGAGGUAAACAAACGUGAUGGCGCGGCCGGCGGUGUUGCGGGCGCUUCCUCUUCUCUUCCUCCUCUUUCUGGUCAGCUUCUCCUCUCCCAAGAAGUUCGAGGAAGAGGACAAGCCAGCAUGGGCUAAGAAGGACAUAAGGGACUACAGUGAUGCUGACUUGGAGAGGCUAUUGGAGCAGUGGGAUGAAGAUGAGGAGCCACUGCCGGAGGAUGAGCUGCCAGAACACCUGCGGCCGCAGCCUCAGGUACACUUUGACCCCUCCAACAUUGGCGACCCAGAGAACCUCCUCAAGAUGAGCAAGAAAGGCCGCACACUGAUGAUGUUUGUGCAGGUGAAGGACGACCUGAGUCCCAGCGAGGCGGAGGAGGUGACCAAACUGUGGCAGAGCUCCCUGUUCAACAGCCACAUUCAGGCUGAGAGGUACAUGGUUGAUGAAAGGAGAGCAAUCUUCAUGUUCAAGGAUGGCUCUCAGGCGUGGGAAGCCAAGGACUUCCUGUUGGAGCAGAAGGACUUGCGGGAGUGCUCAGUGGAGAACAAGGUGUACCAUGGAUAUUACACUCCUGAGGGCAAGAAGGAGAAGGAGGAAGCCUACGCAAGGAAGCUUGAAGCACAAAAAGUAAACAAGAAGAAGAGGAAAACGGAAUUAUAAUAAGUGUUCGUCCAUAAUCUUCCAAAAUAAUUGAGUUUUCCCUUAACUUGCCGCUGGUUCUCUGUGUCACAAUGUUCAGUUUGUUCUGCUUAAGUGUUUUUUGAAUUACAGAUAAUUUGUGUAUUCCAUUACAAUAAUGAGAUUUUGCUUAAAUUUUGUUUGUUGCAUUACAAAUGAUUUUGUUAUUUCCAGCACAGUUUCCCCUGCUCUUAUUAUUUGUUGAAUUACAGAGAUAACUUCUGUAAUUUUUCCAGUCUCUCAUUAUAAUCUGGUACACUGUGCCACAGUUGUUAAGUUUGCUUUUUGUUUUGUGAAUUACAGAUGAGCUGUAAUUUUUCCAGCUACUGAGUAUUACUUAAAGGUCUUUGUCUCUUGGUGUUUGUGACAGUUUAUAUGACUUUUCUAAUAAAGCUCUUAAAAUUGC